CGUGGGAGGAGAGGGGAUCAAAAUGGAGAGCCAAACACACGUCUGUCUUCUUCACACCAAGAGCUAUACGAAAUAACAGAAAAAUAAAAGCAAAGGAAAACAGAAUAAAUCUGCAACAGCAAAGAAAAAAAGGCUGAAGAGGAGAGUGUCAGUGCUCAGGCCGGAGAUGCAGAGCUGCCCAGUAGAGAACUGAUGAUCACAAGGAAGACCAGGUGUCUCCAGAACUUAGAAACUUAGGAACAAGUUACCAGCACCUGCCUUGCGGAAGCCUAUCCUCCGCUCCCCAGCAGCCCCAGAAGGUCAGCUGUGAUCAGCAAACAGAUGAACAGGAGCUCUCAAACACAACGUUAAGGUACUUGCCAAGAUGUUCCACCUACAAGGUUCACAAGUGCUGCAGAUGCUGGAGAAAUCCUUGAGGAGCAGCCUCCCCGAGUCCUUGAAGGUUUAUGGGACCGUCUUCCACAUGAACCAGGGAAACCCCUUCAAGGUAAAAGCCCUGGUGGACAAGUGGCCUGAUUUCAAUACAGUGGUUAUCCGCCCUCAGGAGCAGGAGAUGACAGAUGACUUUGAUCACUAUACCAACAGCUACCAAAUCUAUUCUAAGGAUCCCCAGAACUGUCAAGAAUUCCUUGGCAUGUCAGACGUCAUCAACUGGAAACAACACCUGCAGAUCCAGAGUUCGCAGUCCAGCCUGCAUGAAGCGAUACAAAAUGUUGGAGCUGCUAAACUGGUUAAGGUCACGCAAACACAAUGCAUUCUCUAUAUGUUGCCAAAUACAGUAAGGAAAUUGCUCCCUUCCCUGUCGGAGGCAAACUUACCUCUUCAGUCUGGCAAAAGCAAGCCCCUUAACCAAGAGAUGUUUAAAUUCUCAUCCCUGGAUGUUGCCCACGCUGCUUUGGUGAAUAAAUUCUGGCAUUUUGGUGGAAAUGAGAGGAGUCAGAGAUUCGUGGAGCGCUGUAUCCGGACCUUCCCCACCACCUGCCUGCUGGGGCCCGAGGGGACCCCUGUGUCCUGGGGCCUGAUGGAUUACACAGGAGAGAUGCGCAUGGGGGCCACCAUGCCUGAGUACCGGUGCCAGGGCCUCAUCUAUCAUAUAAUGUGUAAUCACACUCAGAAACUGGACAAACUCAGCUUCCCCCUAUAUAACCAUACAGACAGAGCCAACAAAACCAUACAGAAGAUGAGUCACAUUCUGCAUCAUACUAUCCUACCCUGUGACUGGAACCAGUGGCACUGUGUGCCUCUGUGAGGCAGCUGUCCAUACGAGACAGCAUUGGGCUGGCUGGUCAUGGAGCAGGAGAAGAGGAUGGGUGGACAGAGAGAAAAAAUAAAUUGUAAUCAGCAGUAAACUAGUGUGUGUUAUUUGGGCCUGGAAAUCAGUGUGAACGGCCAACAGAAAUCAUAGUCCCUGCCCUCAAAUCGCUCAUGGACUUCUUUGGGUCCAGAAGACCUGGUGUGGCCAGACUUUCCUAUCAUGGACCCUGGACUUGUUCAGUUUCCUACAUUUCAGGAUUUCAAUGAUACUCUUUAUUUAGUUGCGUGCUGCUCUAAUGCUUUUCUAGGAACUCCUGUCUCACAUGGACUUAUCUAGACAGUUUUAUUAAGACAUGGUAUUACCUCAUGGAUAGUAUAGU